CAUGAAGGACAAAAAAUACAGCGUGCAUUUCGCUUAAGAUACACAAUUUCUCUCUCUCUUCUUCUUCCUCAAUAUGCAGAGAAGUUUUGGCUUUGCCUCUUGAACUUCUGCCAUGGAAAAGCAAGUAAACUCUGGAGUUACAUAUGCUCAGAUUGAUGCAUUCACUGAUCGUAUGUUCGGUGGGAACCCAGCUGCCAUAUGCUACCUUCCAGAGGAGAGAACCCACGAAUGGAUGCAGCUUGUUGCCAAGGAUUUCAACCUCUCUGAGACCGCCUUCCUCCUCAAAAUCCCCAACACCCAUUCAAACAAUGAGUUCAGCCUUCGAUGGUUCACCCCAAAAGUCGAGGUUGAUUUAUGUGGACAUGCCACUUUGGCUUCAGCCCACUUCCUCUUCAGCCAGCAUGGGGGACUUCUCGAUACCAAGACAAUUGUAUUCCACACGAGGUCGGGGAUUUUGACGGCCAAGAGGGUUGGAGAUGGUGGUCGUCUCAUAGAGCUUGACUUUCCAUUGAUCCCGAUAUCAGAAUGUGAUGCUGAUGAUUUGGAGCUGGUGAAGAGCGCGCUCGGAAGUGCAGAUAUCGUAUGGGCAGGAAAACCUGGAGGACAUGGUUACCUGGUUGAGGUCUCCAGCACUGAUGAGUUGAAGAGCUUGAAACCCGAUUUUCAGAAGAUGUUAGUGUUUGGUGGUCGUGGUGAUCUGAUCGUGACUGCAGCUGGAGGACAUGAUGCUCAACUGGAUUUCACUUCAAGAUUUUUUUGUCCCAAGGCUGGCAUUUUAGAGGAUCCCGUUACAGGUAGCGCACAUUGUGUAUUGGCACCAUAUUGGGCAUCAAAGCUUCAAAAAGAUACUUUAAAUGCUUAUCAGGCUUCAGAGCGCGGUGGACAUCUCUGUGUUGCAGUAGACAGAUUGGAAAACAGAGUUAGGCUUCAAGGACAUGCAGUGACAGUAAUGAAAGGGGUUCUCUUGGAUAAUGGUUCAUAUUGACAGUUAUUAUUGACAUGGAAUAGUUUGAUUAUAAGUGUACUAUGGUGUUUUAAUCUGAGCCUAUUAGCUCAGAUGGUUAGAGCGUCGUGCUAAUAAAAUGUCGCAUGGCACUACAUUCUCACUGCCGCAUGCACUAUGGCACUACAUUCUCACUGCCUACGAGACAUUCUCACUGCCUAUGAGACAUUCUCACUAGUUGUAAUCUUAAAUUAGAUUUAAAUGAUAAUGACUUUUAAAUGAUAAUGAA